GUGUAACUAUUUAUAAUGUGUGUAUAAAUAAACGUUUUUCCAUUUUCAUAAUAAGCUGGCGCCUAAGAGAAUACAAGGAGACUGGAGAAUACAAAUACUAGGUACGUGCUGACUGAAGUGCUGGCGCCAUAAAAAGGGACGAAUUAAUUGAAACAAAAAUGACGACAACUGCGGUGCCCACCUCCCAGGCAGUUGCUGAAUGGGUUCGAGUUUUUCCAAAGCAAGUGACAGAGAAUUACACAAGUUCUGUUACAUUUAUGAAACAACUGACAGUCAUUGCUGUUAGCACCAUAACGUUUGUGAAAAAUGUUCUCCCCCAUGAUUGUUAUAUGAUAGAAACUUUUGGAGGAAUUAAAUUAAGAAUUUUGAAGAAAAAAUGUAAAGACGAGUGGGGCCAGUUUCUAAGUACGGCUUUAAUACAAGCCUUCGAUGCUUUUGAUAAGAAAUAUCUUCACCAAUUAGCUUUAUGUUUCUACGAAGACGAGUGUAAAUUGGAGAAUUUGGUGGAAUAUCAUAUUUUCGAGUAUACCUACAACUCUGAUGGGGUGACCAUGAACGUUCACUCUAAAAACCGGGACAGUACCAAACACACAACGCAGUAUUCUUUCGAUAAUGUGAGGGAGAAAACUAUCCAGUUAAUUAGAACUUGUGUGGUCAUCAUGCAAUCAUGCCCAACAGAGUUUUCGAGGACUAAUGAUGUUAGCUUGCGCCUAUAUUACAAUGAAAACGCACCAGCGGACUACCAAGCGCCAGGUUACGUGAGUACGGAUGAAGAAGACCACCUGGAGCCAACAAUUCACGAAAAACUCAAACUUGGUUGGGUGGAAACGCCAUACCACAAAAUUGUGGCUCAUUCCUUCUUUAAGGAACCCAUGAGGGCCAGCCAUGAGGCAAAUCCAACACAGAAUCCACCCGUGCUAAGUAAUGAUAUGGAACUAUCAGGUUCUGUCCAAAUGUCCACACCGGGGUCUGAAGUCCGUUUAUGUUGUCCCUGCAACAAGUAUGGGCCAUAUAACACCUAUACCCAAUCAGAAUUGCUAACUUGUCACUACUGUAAGCUCCAGCAACACGCGGCUUGUUUUGGUAUAGUUCGUCACUUAGUGUCUCGAGUGACGCAACACUGCUGUACCAAAUGCUAUGACGUUGAUCCAACACGUACACCCACUGAUACUAACUUGGUGUCCUUGAGCAUGAGGAAACGGGAGUGCUUAUGCAUUUUCCGACGAACAUUGGAGCUAUGUUCGGAAGUGCAAACCAUUGAAGCUCGGGACUUGAUAGACAGAUUCGAUGUAUCCGAGUCCAACGCUGCUAAACUAAUGAAGUUGCUUCAUUCCAAUAAAAUCAUCCAACAAGAUCCACAAUCUGAUCUAACAACACCACAGAAAAUAUUGAAGAAUCAGUUAGUUAUAGUGAUGUCGAACUUCUUCCACACUACCGAGGAUAAAAUAGGCGAUCGACUACUAGCCGAAAGCUUCGCCUCCCAGGAAAGUGUCCCAGAUCCCAUUUCUGAUGCUUUAAAUCCCAUGGACAAUAUUUCUUUACAAAAUGCCUCGCAUAUAGCUCGAUACGUCGACAAUCCUAUAGAAAAAAAUGUGAAUAAUGCUAUAAAUGAAUAUCGCGAAGUUGAUAUGGCUGUCGAGUCUCCAGAAAAAAGAGAGAAAAGAAAGAUGAAUGACAAAGAAAAGAUCGGUAAAACUGGCGUGAUAAAAAUAAGGAGACUAAAAUUGUAAAGAAAGUCACAUGAGCCAAUUUUCUAAAAAUUGUUGUUUUUUUCAUUUUUAUAAAAAUUGUUCUGAAAGAGCGCUGUAAAUUUUGAUUUUCUAAUAAUUUUUAAACAAAAAAUUGU